CAUGGCGGAGACAGCUAUGGGACGUAUGGACAGGGAGGACAGGAUGGCUAUGGCUAUCAGACUGACUACCCUCAACAGGAAGAAGACGCUGCCAGUGACGUCACAGAGGGACACGAUGAAGAAGAUCAAAUGUAUGAAGGGGAGUACCAGGGCAUCCCCCACCCCGAUGAGGUCAAGGCUGCCCGGAGGGCGGCGAGAGCGAAAGCGAGGACCACGGCGGACGCCGUGUCAGAUCAGGAAGAGCUUGCUGAACAAUACGAGGACAUCAUGGAGGACUGUGGACAUGGGAGGUUCCAGUGGACCCUGUUUGUGGUGUUGGGUCUGGCACUAAUGGCAGACAGCGUGGAGUGCUUUGUAGUGGCCUUGGUGCUACCCAGUGCAGAGAAAGACAUGUGUUUGUCCCACGCUGAGAAGGGAAUGCUGGGUUUGAUCGUUUUCCUGGGAAUGAUGUUCGGUGCAUUUAUUUGGGGUGGCCUGGCUGAUAAAGUCGGUCGACGGAAAUGUCUGAUUAUCGUCCUCGCCAUGAACUGCAUCUCUGCCUUCUUCUCCUCAUUCGCACAGGGAUACGGCUUCUUCCUGUUUUUCAGGCUGAUCUCUGGAAUUGGGAUUGGGGGCUCCGUCCCAAUCGUGUAUGCGUACUUCUCUGAGUUCCUGCAGAUGGAUAAAAGAGGAGAACAUCUCAGCUGGCUCUGCAUGUUCUGGAUGAUGGGGGGCAUCUAUGCCUCCUUCACUGCCUGGGGCAUCAUCCCUCGAUAUGGCUGGGGUUUCAGUAUGGGCACAGAGUUCCAGUUCCACAGCUGGAGAGUGUUUGUUCUGGUCUGUGCUCUCCCAGCUAUAGCAGCUUUUCUUGGGCUAAUGUUCAUGCCUGAGAGCCCACGCUUCCUACUGGAGAAUGCUAAACAUGAUGAGGCCUGGAUGAUCCUGAAACAGGUUCAUGACACCAACUGGAGAGCCAAAGGAGAACCUGAGAGAGUGUUUACUGUAACUCAUAUCAAGACUCCAAAGACACAAGAAGAUGAGUUUAUUGAAAUUCAAACUGCAACUGGAACUGCUUUCCAGAGAUGGGUAGUUCGAACUUUGACACUGACAAAGCUGGUCAUGAAAAACGUUUUGUCCCUCUUUGGCCGUGAUCUAAGACUCGCUACUCUGCUAAUGGCCAUCAUAUGGUUCACAAUGGCAUUUAGUUUUUACGGGCUAUCUGUGUGGUUUCCUGACAUGAUCAAACAUCUCCAGCACGAGGAGUAUGAAUCCAAGGUCAAAGUAUUUCAUCGGGAGAAGGUGGAGCAAUUUCAUUUCAACUUCUCUUUGGAGAACCAAGUACAUAAAGAGGGAGAAUACAUCAAUGACAAGUUCAUCAACAUUGAGAUGAAAUCUGUGAAGUUUGAAGACUCCUUAUUUGUGGAGUGCUACUUCGAGAACAUCCAAUCCACAGACACCAUCUUUGAAAACUGCACCAUCCGCAAUACUGUGCUUUACGACACAGACUUAUAUGAGGAAAAGUUCAUUGACUGUACAUUAGAGAACGUCACAUUCCUGCACAACAAGAAAGGAUGCCAUUUAGACUAUGAGGAGGAGAACGAUGUCCUCAUCUACUUGGUCAGCUUCUUAGGCAGCUUAGCUGUGCUGCCUGGAAGUAUCAUCUCAGCACUCUUCAUGGACAAGAUUGGACGAAUCAAGAUUAUAGGGGGUUCAAUGCUUAUUUCUGCUGGCUGCACUUUUUUUCUUUUCUUGAGCUUUAGUCAGGCAGCCAUCAUAGCCUGGCAGUGUCUGUUUUGUGGCGUUAGCGUAGCAGCGUGGAACGGCAUUCAAGUCAUCACCGUGGAACUCUACCCAGCUUCAAAAAGAGCCACAGCGUUUGGAGUCUUAAAUGCCAUUUGUAAGUUUGCGGCUAUAUUGGGAAGCUCAAUCUUUGCCUCAUUCGUAGGAAUUACCAAAGUCAUCCCCAUUCUGCUGUCCUUCUGUGCUCUGGUACUUGGUGGAGUGUUGGCCCUGAAACUGCCUGAGACCAGAGAGAAGGUCUUGCUGUGAAAAAUCUGAAGGUUCGGUCCAAGCCAUUGUAUUUAACUAUUAGCGUGGAGAUAACAACUGCUGGCAUGUGUAAAACUGGGUUUAUUCAAGAAAAAACUCAUAAUAUAUUAUAUUAAACUCUAAUAUUCAAAAACAAGAAGGACCAAAUGAUGGAGCUACCCUAGUCAAAUAUCAAUGUAUAAAUAUGCCUGAUAUUUCAUAUACAGUAAGUUAAAGGCCUGCUGGGUCAUUUGGAGCCUCAAAAAAUAUCUGCACUAGUUAUAUAGUUUCAGAAGAAUCUACAGUGAUUAUUAUAGAGAAAAACCUCCAGUGAAAAAUACAAUUUGUCCCAGAUUUGUUUAGAUGAGGUAAUCAGAGUCAUGGAAGUCUCAAUCCUGUGCCAUUUCUUGGUCAAAAAAUUUAGGUACUGUUGGAAAUUUUCUUUUUAUCUUAUUCUAUAGCUUGUAAUUGGCUAUCGUCUUGCCCUCUGCCAUUGCUUAUGAUGUAACCUCCACUGAUAAAAGGUGUAUUUUUGUCCUGGUGUUUGCAAGGGUCCUACUAUAUGUCAUGAGACUGAUCUCAAUGUGUCGCUGUGCGUUCGGAUGCUCGGUGCAGAAUGUGCGCUUGUGUUUGUUGGGUCACUGCAGAAACCAUUAUGUGUGCCUCCUCCGUUUUCUAUUUUUGCUUUAUUUCCUGUAAAUUGCACAAUCUGGUGAAGCAUCAGACUAAGCUCACCUCACUUUACCUUGCCUUUCACUAAAUGUGUUGUUUCUUAGUGCUCUCUCACUCUCUUUCUCUAUCACCCUGUUAUUUUAUGAUUUUUUUCAUUCUGUGAAUCCUGAAAAAGUCGGAGGGUUUGGUCACUUUGGAUUUGAGCUUCACAGAGCCACAUAUCUGUACAAGCUGUUGACUGAGUUGCAUGUGUGUAAUUUACCAAGUAAUGUUGUGUCUUUUCUCAAUGUGUUGUCUGGAUGAUGUAGUUUAUGUCUCACUGCAAAUAAAACUGGUUAGACCAUACAAGUCAUUUGGUAACCUGUAUCAUUUUAGGUUUCAUGAGCUGAUGAUAGGCCUCUUAAGGGAACAAUACACACACAAAAAAAAAUGAAAUCUCUGUUCAUGUGGUUCAUGUUGUUCCAAACCUAUAUGUCUUUCCUAACACAAAAGAUGAUAUUUCAAAGAAUGUCUAUUCAGUAUUGUUUUUGGACCCCUUUGACUUGCAUUGUAUGUCCAAAAAAAAAAAAAAAAAAACCUAUUGUGUGUUGUGUUAGAAGAAAUAAAGCCUUGCAGGUCUGGAAUUGAAUGAAGGUGAGUAAAUAAUGACAUGAUUUUUUUAAUUUGGAUGAACUAUCUCUUAAAGUGUAUUAAGCUGUCACCUUUGAAACCAACGAACAAAGCCGUGCAUGCACACUAUAUUACUGUUACGAAUGAAACGACCAGAAUGAAAUCUGUUCAUCUGAAUAUGGAGGCCAAUUUCUGCCAUGUUCUGCCAUUUUUUAUUAAUUUAUUUAUUUUUUAAUAAAAGGUAAAUGUGACUUUUAUCUCACAAUUCUGUCUUUUUCUUGAAAUCUUUUUUUUUUUUUUUUUUUUUUGAGUCUCAUAAUUUAGAAUUGUAUCCCACUAUUCUGAGAUAUAAAAUUCUGACUUGCAAGAUAUUACAUUUGAAUUGCAAGACUGAGAUAUAAACUCAGAAAUAUGAGAUUCUAAAAAGAAAAGUCUCCCAAUUCUGUUUAUGUCUUAAAAUCCAGACAUUUUUCCUAGUCCGAAUUGUGAGAUCACAAAUAUCUUCUUUUUUUUUUUUUUCGUGACAUUCCUGUAAAAUAGGACAGAUCCAUUUGGUGGAAAUGCAAUGAAAACCUCCUUCUCUUUAUACAUAAUUAAUGAUAAACUCUGUGUAACUGAUUCUAAUUUUGUUUGUGAACACUUGCUUCUUCAUUUUUAUUGCAUAUUUAUUUGGGAAUAUUUUCUGGCUGUCACAGAAAUAAUUCAUUUUAUGUUUUCCAUUCUGAUGUUUUUGUUUUGUGACUGUAUAUUAUGAAUUACAAAAAAUAAACAUUUAUGUGAUUCGCA